AUGUCCCCCUGGUGGUCGCGGCUCGUGAGCCCAGUCUACAAAAACACGGGCUCCGUGGCGCGCGACCAUCUCGCGUCCGAGCGCACCUAUCUCGCCUGGACCAGAACCGGGCUCGGCUUCGUCGCGCUCGGCAUGGGCGUUGAGCGCUUCUCCCGUUUCGAAGCCGUCGCUCUCGGGGAUGCCGCCAAGGCGCGGCGGACCGCCGGCGGCGAGCACGACGAGGCCAGGGACGAGACCGGCUCGAGGCUGCUCGUCGGCACCCUCCUCGCGCUGGGCACGGGAUGCAUGGUGUACGCGACCAAGAGGUAUUUUUCGGUGCUCGGGGCGCUGGAAAAGGGCGAGUUCCGGCCCGCGUACCAAGGUGUCGCCGCCAUGGGUGCAUUGCUCGGUGCCCUGGGUGGUGGUGUGUCCACGAGGAUGAUGAGUCCGUGGUUUGAGGGCAAGGAUACCACCGCGACCGAAGCGUGA